AUGUCGGUCGUAACUAUUUCUAGUCCCGACUUAGCCAAGGAAGUUUUCAAGACCCACGAACUCGCCUUCGCUCAACGCCCAUUAUUCUCAUAUGUAGAGAUGAGCAUUCUCCCUAGCCCGACCUUUCUCCCAUAUGGAGAAGAAUGGAGAAAGUUGCGUAAGUUUUUCGUCAUGGAACUCUUAGGUGGCCAGCGUGUUCGAUCUUUUAAAUCAAUUAGAGAAGAGGAAACCAGGAGUCUCAUCAGCUACAUACGUUCGUUGUCGGGAUCGCCUUUCAAUCUCAGCAAAAAGAUGGAUGCUUUCACAAACAGCAUAGUCUCCAAGGCAGCUGUUGGCCAUAAGAACAAACAAGAGGAAUUCAUUUCUGUGGUCCGAGAGAUUCUAACGUUUACUGGAGGCUUUAGUGUGGCGGACGUUUUCCCUUCACUCAAAUGUCUUGCCAACAUAGUUGGGCUUUAUUCGAAGUACAAGAUGCUGCAAAAAAAGAACGAUGAGAUUCUUGAUAGCAUUCUCAAUGACCAUCAGACCGGAAGAGAUCAGGCCUUAAGAAACAAGGAAAAUACAUUUGGAAGAGAAGACAUACUCAAUGCGCUUUUGGGACUUCGCACGACCAAUGAGUUCGGCUUGAAUCUGACAGACAGGGAGAUCAAAGGCAUUAUUAUGGACUUGUUUGUGGCCGGGAGCAUCACUACGUCAACGCUUCUCGAAUGGGCAAUGGCUGAGUUAAUCCGAAAUCCCAAAGUGAUGGCCAGGGCACAAGCUGAGGUGAGAGGAGUCGUAAAAGGAAAGGGUCACGUAGAAGAAUCAGACCUCAAUAAACUCAACUACUUGAGAGCAAUCAUUAAAGAAUCCUUUAGGCUGCACCCUCCUGGUCCAUUAAUUCCCAGAGAAGCGACUAAAGAAUGUAAGAUCGGUGGAUACAAAAUACCAGUGAAUUCCAGAAUCCUCAUUAAUGUAAUGGCGAUUGGAAGAGAUCCAAAUUAUUGGGCAGAUCCGGAGAAAUUUGAACCAGAGAGGUUUCUUGAAUCUCCAAGGGAGAAGCCAAGUGUUGGGAAUUACUAA